CCGGUGAGUAAGCUGAAGUAAGCGUGUAGCUCUGGGUAGCUCUCAUUGGCGGUGCAUUUGCGCAUCAAGUUGAUCUGAAUAUUGUGAACCGUGAUAGUAAGAAUUAUCGGUUAAAUCUUUACUUAAACAUGAAGAAUCGACCGUUGAAACAUAAAGCAAAGAACGCUUUUCAGUUCAAAUCAUUCCACGAGCGCAUAUCUGAAGUGGACGUCCGCCAGUCGGUGCUAUACUACGUUAAACACGAAAAUGAGGAAUUAGAGGAGCAUCAGUCGUAUUUCCACCAGACCAUUCAGAAAUGGAGUGUACUUAACUUGUCUGAUGAAUAUCAGAGAUUCCACGCUCCGGUACGGGGAAUUGUUACACUUUCUCAGUUGCUGCAUAAGAAAGACUUUGUAAUAGAACGUCUGCUGACAAGUUUAGACAGUGCCACCGAGCUGUCUCUACAAGCUCUUUUGGAGUUUGUAGUUAUACUCGCUAGAGAUUUACGGGAGGAUUUCUAUCGAUUUUUUGAGCGAAUAUUCGAUAAAUUGAUUUGUUUAUUGAGCACUCAAAAUCCACAACAAUUAGAAUGGACUCUGUUAUGUCUAGCAUCCCUGUUUAAAAUUAUGCGCGGUUAUCUAAGGGAAAGGCUUGAUUUCAUUUUCGGCCGCAUCGUUACACUACUUUGUGAUGAAAACCAGCUUCAUAUUACGAAUUUUGCGACCGAAUGUUUUGGUUUUCUAGCCCGAGAUACAAAAAAGAAACGAGAAUUGGUACAUAUGAUAACAAGCGCUGUGAAACACGAUCCCACUUUGUCUACAGGAUGUGGUCGGUUGUUAUUUGAAAUAAUGCGUGGCGUAAACCAACAGUUCCAUAGCUGUGCUAGUGACUUCUGGAAUUUGCUUCUGCUAGAAAUGCUGAAUGAGCCUGCAAGCGAUAUAACUGGUUUCGAUCCGGAAGUGUUGUUCGACAUUCUUGUGCAGACUGUUUCCGAUAUGCUACAAUGCAUUGCCAGUACGAACUUAGUACCAUUUUGGAGCUCUGUGUAUCAGGCUGCGGAGUCAUGUGUAGCAAAUGAAAACAUGGUAAAAAACGAGCAAACAUUAGACUACAUCCUUCAUUUGAUUGGCAUCGCUGUGGAGCACCAACAUGGAAAAUGCGUCAACAACUGUGCUCAGAUGAUUAGUCUUUUGGUGAAAAUUGUCACUCGUACCAAAUCUGAAAGGGUUCUUGCCAAUGUAACGAAAAUUGCUACUAUAAUUAUGCUGUCGAGGAAUUUGAAUAUAACUCAACUGGACGCAAGUCGCCUUUGCAAAAAUGUAAUGACAAUUGGACCUCGCUCAAGGAUAGUUUUUGAAGACUUCGUGCUCGGUAUGGUAGAAUAUGCCAUGUUUGAAAAUAUCAUACUGCCGGAUUAUUUGAAAUAUUUUGAAAAAAAAAUUGACACAGAAAGUCUGAAUCUGCUAACGCGAAUUGUGACAAAAAAGUCUCCACGCUGCAGACACGGCAUCAAACUGAACUGUUGGAAGCAGUUUCCUAUUAAAAUAAAAACGGAUCAUGCAAAGCGAAUGUAUUCAGAUUUGUUAAGAGGUGGACUAACCGUUAGAAAUCGAACGGAUUUCUUAUUAGCAUUGAUUUUACUCCCUCAUUUGGUGGAAUUUCAAAACGAUACUGAAAUAAAACAUCUACUAGAGCGGGAAAUCAUUUCCAUUCUCUCCGAGCUUAACAGUCAGCCAACCAGUGAGCAAUAUAAGGUUUUGAGUGUUAUGGUAGAAGCUUUUGUACACAUCGAAUACGACAAUAUGCAAAUUUUUAUCAAGAUCAUCGAGAAGUUAUUACCAGUUGUCGUAGGCACUGUACAAGAAAGUCUAAUUAACAUCAUCAGUUUAUGCUUGGUUAAGAUCCAUCAGGAUAAACCUCAGCUUCUAACCAAAACACUGUUUGAAACUGUUCAUUCUCAACUCAACGAAUUCUUAGCAUCAGUUCAUCAUAAAACGCGACUACUCGUUACUCACAUAUUUACCCUAUUUGGUCAUUUAGAAAGUCUGACAAAAUAUGAGGAUCAAACAUUGUUUGACUUGUUUUACAACAUCGAAACCGUUGAACCAACUGUCCACACCUAUCGCGAAAUAAUAAUGCUACUAAACAAGCUGGAAUUCGAUUCCAAUCUGUUGCAGAACAUUGGUGACAACACAUUUAGAUUAGAUGCAAUGAAGUUUGUUUUGUCGAUGUUGUCGAUCAAUUUCAAGUUACUCUGGGAUCCUGUAUCUACAGUACUUCAAUCCUACGCUGUGGGGUUCGCGGUGUCCGAUUUUUGGAGCAUAUACAAGAAACAAUUGGACUUUGCAUUGGAGGCUGCUAAUCGUCAUAAUACAGCUCAGAAUACAGAAAAUGAAUGUGAUUUUUUUAGUGACAAUGGGGAGCAGGAUGAGAAGAUCGAUUACGUUAAUUAUCGUGUUCAACUGCUCGUCACCCUAUCGAAACUGAAUAGAGUAUGCGAAUCGAAGAAUCAUGAUAUUGUGGAAGCAUUUUUGAACUUCAUUCAAUCGGAGUAUAGAAUAAAGCAAAACGUCGAACCAGAAGCAAACGAAUACACUCCAAAAGCCACGCAGAAGAUUCUGAUUGCCUACAUGAAUAUAUUUGCAAAAGUUAAAAAUCCAUUGACUAUAUUCAAGUCAGGGAAAUUGUAUGAGCUUUUCGAAGAGCUUUUGACUCACCGUAGUUUUGAUGUGCAGAAACUAGCAUUAGACUGCAUAUUUACCUACAGUAAUAGUGCAACUACACCGUACAAGAACAAUCUGUACCGUUUAAGCAGCGACAAAACAAUAAAAGAAGAAAUGCUCAGCUUUUUCACGGAGGACACGGAAAGUGAGAACAAAUUACGCUGUAUCGUACUGGACGAACACCGCCAACAGGUUGUACCUCUGGUAAUGAAAAUUAUACAUACACGAAUGAUCCAAAAAGUUACACCGACAGAGCAAAAGGCUCUAAUACUGCGGUUCGUUGGGAAUUUUUACGAGAACGAAAUCAACAUCUUCAUAAGCAUGUCAUUUUCUUAUUUUGAAAAACUACUCCAAUACAAUCCUCUGCAAACGCACCAUAAAAUAAAUGAAAGCGAUAAACGUUUCGAGGAAGAUCUUCCCGUGCAUCGGAUACAAGUUCUCAUGAAAUUGAUUGACAGCAUACGAGAACAGUUCGGAGGCUUGAAAAACGAAUCAUUUAUACGAUAUGUGUUACACAUUAAAUUGUGUAUGGACUCUAUCUUGCUACGGAUGCAGCAUUCAACAGUGAAGCAAUUAAAGUCCCAAGCCCUAAUCAAUUUGGUUGACAUUUUCGAGCACUUCGACGGAUACAAAUGGACACCGGAGGAAAUCGAAACAAUAUUCAUCAUCUACAUACAGCCUCAAUUAGAAAAGCUGGAAACAGAGUGCAUUCAUUCACCGACGCCCCUGCUGAAAUUGUUUAUAACAUGGAGCAAAAAUCCACGCUACUAUCAGCUUCUAGUGAAAUCAUUAUCCGAUCAGCAAUUUGGUGCCAAAACUACACCUUUGUCGCGUAUCAUUAGCUUACUAAAUGGAGAGAAAACCAGCGAUACAGUUUGCCAAGAAAUUAUAAAAAUGAUUAUCAGUAUGCUAACCCUAGACAGCAUAUCAACUGAAUCAGAAACGAUUAUGGUUCCAAACAGCCAAAUAAUAUACGAUGAUCAGAUGGCAUGGAACGACAUGAAUCUUGGCACUUAUAUGCUUAUGCCUUUCAUUAUGGACAUUCUAUAUUACAUCCAAAAGGUUAUGAAGUGUAAACGGUCUAUCAAUAAGGAUCACUUAUUGGUGUUGUCGCAUAUCGCCAAACAUGUAAAAAAGGAAGAAUCAUGUGAUGCCAUGACGAACAUGCUACUACCGAUAAUUGUAAGAAAAGUUACCUUACCUAAUGUUGAUAUGGAUAUUAUCCAGCAAAUGCACACAGCACUUUACUCAUUGAUGAAAAUGGUACCAAAUCCGGAGAAACACUUACACAAAAUAGGCCUUCUUUUGGAAUUGGUUCAAGAUUCCGCUACCCGAGCGAUCAUUGUUCAAAUGGUUAAACUAAUAGCAGAGAAAUCAGGUUCAACGGAGCACACUCAUUGCGCCACAAUCCUUGAGGAUAUGAAUGCUAUGGAUAAACGAUGGCUUGACCAACCUGACUAUGAACGUCGGCUUGGUGCAUUCCGUUCAAUCGAUCGAAUAAUGCAGAGUGACGAACUGUGUGGAAUGGAUCUAACUGUAUUAUUCGUUCAUCAGUGUUUUUAUUAUCUGAAAACAGAUACCGACUUGGCUAUACGUGACAAUACUAAUCAUUUUUUGCGAAAGGUUACAAUCAGUUCCAUAAAAAAAUUCGGAACAAAUAAGAAAGCAGAAACUCAAUACUUGCUUGAGCGUGUGAUAUUGAUUGCAUUGAUGAAGGGAAUCAAGGAUAAGAAUAAUGUAAGCAGGAACGAAAGCAUACAACUUUUGGGUGAAUUGAGCAGAGAAUGUGCAGAAUAUUCCACAAUAUUAUCUGAUCUAUAUCCUUUCACUGAUAGUCAAAAUCGUGAAAUCGAUUUCUUCGAUAAUAUUACCCAUCUCCAAAUUCAUCGACACCGCCGCGCAUUGAACCGAUUCUGCAAAACAGCUCAAAACCUAACGGGAUUACCUUCAACGCGUACGUUGGUCAAUUUUGUGUUACCAAUUGUGUCAUCAUACCUAUGUAAUGAAGCGUUCCGAAAGAAAGUCAGACUUACUGACGCCGCUGGCAACUGUGUUGCUCUGAUUGCAAGGAUGCUUCCUUGGCCAAACUAUAAGGCUCUGUUGAAGCAAUAUCUAUUUAAAAUGAAACACAAUAUUGAAUAUCAAAAACAACUUAUCCGCCUCGUCGUAUCAUUAUUGGAUCAUUUUCAUUUUGAUCUUUCGAGAGCAAACCUAAACCAACUACAGGAUAUCGGCGGAUUGACACAGUUGAAAACAACGCUUGAUGCAGUGAGAGACACCAUUGACGAUGAUAAUAUUGCUCCACCCUGUGCUUAUGAGCUAGAUGAUGAUGACAAUAAUGAAGAGGAAGACCACAUUAAUAGAAAAUCUUCGGCAAUUACAUCAGUAAAAAUCUCUUUUACCUGUAAAACUGUUCUCACGAAGGAAAAUGCGGAUAUUGUAAUGUAUGAUAUAUCCAGAGUUUUGAUUCCUAGUCUGUUUUCGGUUAUAAACUACAAGGAAAUUCCAGACAGCAUUAAGCCGAACGAACGGAAAGAACGGUAUCAACGCGAAAAAGGAGAGAUGUUAAAAAUUCCCGUUGCAAUUGCGAUCGUUAAACUACUCCAAAAGUUACCAUCAAAGUUUAUGGAUUUGAAUUUCCCUAAGCUGCUGAUAAAGGUGGUCAGCUUCCUGAAAUCUAACCUAAAGCAGGUUCGCAGCAUAGCACGACACACAUUGAAAAAUAUGUUACUUUCUGUAGGUCCAUCGGUUCUAAAUACUGUUUUGGAAUAUCUAACAGCAAUUCUGUCUCGUGGUUUUCAAGUGCACGUAAUGGUGGCUACUGUGCACACAUUGCUCGACGCCGUUAAUGAUAAAUUGACUGCCGAAAUUGUGGAUGAUAUUUUGCAAUCCGUUUUAAGUAUAUGCAUCAAUGAUAUCUUUGGACCGCUGGCUAAGGAAAAAGAGGUCGGUUCAGUAGCAAGCAAAACCCCGGAAGCAAAACCUAACAAAAAAAGUUUCCUCACACUUCAAAUUUUAGCGAAGAAAAUGAGCGAAAGCUCCGCUCUUGAUAUGAUUAUGCCAUUCAAGGAAAUAAUUACUAAAACGAACUCAAGGAAAGCUGUCCUCAAAGUAGAAGAAGCAUUAAGAAAAAUUGCGGACGGAUUUUGCUCCAAUACGAACAUCAGUAUUGAAUCCAUGCUCGUUUUCGUGUAUGGCAUAACUUCGGAAAGCAUUCCAGAUUUGGUUUGCAGGGGUAAGAAAACACAUUCAGAAAAGCAAGAGAACAAAAUGAGAGAGCAUAUGGCGGAUAUUUACCUUAUACCAGCAGAACCAAAACGAAGAGGAGCAUUCAACCAAAUUCCGUUUCUCAAUAGAUCAAAAACUAAUGCCCAUGUGUUCGUAGAAAUGGGACUGGAAAUAUUACAUUCGCUAAUGAAGAAAAGUCAAGUGCUAUCGUUGGAUUAUAAAGCAAUUUUAGAACCUCUUGUUCCAAUAUUGGUUAACUCAAUGAGCAGCAAUCAUAUGAAAGUAACAACUCUUGGAAUUAAAUGCCUUUCUUCAUUAUGGUCGAGCAAGUUAAACCUGUCUAACGUUGAACAAAACAUUGAAACAAUUGUGGAUAAUCUGUUGAAGUUGUUGCACAAAUAUGCUACCACCAUUGUCGGCCGGAAUGAUGCUAAUUUCCAAAUGGUAAAGACUACUUUUAAAGCAAUUGUUACCCUGUUAAAACAUGUAAAGUACUUCGAAAUCAGUAACGCUCAACUUAAGAUGCUAUUGCUGUAUGUUGAACAAGAUCUAUACCAUAAUGAAAAGCAAAAUAUGACAUUGAUCUUGCUGCGUUCGAUUGUUGGAAGAAAGUUGAUUGCCAGUGAGAUGGUAUCCAUAAUCAAAAGAGUUGCUGAGUUGAGUAUCACUCACGAUAGUCAAAAAAUAAGAGAGGAGUGUCGACAGAUUGUGUUGGAGUAUCUGCUGAACUAUUCACUCGGAAAGAACAUCGAGCAUAUCGUUCAUUUCUACAUUAGGCAGUUGGAGUACGAAGUGAUAGCAGGUCGUGAAUCUGCAGUCCAAAUGCUACGGAUGAUGUUCAAAUCGUUUCCAGCGACUAUCCUCAACAACAAAGCAGUCUUAUUUUUCCUGACGGUCGGUGUACGAUUGGUUAACGAAGAAUCGUCAGAAUGUCGUAUCUUGGUUGCAGAAUGUAUAGAAUGUUUACUCUCCAGAAUAGAUAAAACGUGCUACGAUGAAUUGUUGGAUCUGACCUUGACCAUGCUCCGAGAUGUCAAAAUAAGCCACCGUGAAAUGGCUGCCCAAUUGAUAAUACGUAUGGUGAACGUUGAAGAAGAAUCGUUCCAUUCCAGAUUAGGGAAGGUUGUUCCUGCUUUGCUUUUUACGAUUACGGAUGUAUGUUCCGAAAACACGGGAAAAUUUGUUAGACUGAAAUCAGUUCAAAAACAGGAUAGUGCACAUAUACAGAAAGUAAAAGAUCAUUCUUUAAUUCAAACUUUGAAUGCAUUCAACCGAAUCUUCGAAGUAUGCUCUCAGGUUCUGACCAGCCACCAAAACUUGGAAAUGAUUGAUGAACUUUCCUACAAUCUUCAACCUCUAUUGACGCAUGGUCACCAGUGGGUUCGGUGUGCAACCUUAAAACUGUUAAGUUUUAUACUAAGGUCCAUUAAUGUCGACACGGUUUACAAGAUACUGAAUGGUGAGCAAUGUGAAACCAUACAACACUAUAUCUACGAGAAUCCAACAUCAUAUGCAAGAUCACUUGUGCUUGAUAUGUGCUCCCAGUUGGUACCUGCUGAAACUGAUGAUGACAUUGCAUCUUUAGUAUCGAAAAAUCUUCUACUCAUAGCGAAUAUUCUGAAAACUGUUCCGCUGCCAAAAGAUGAGGGUUAUGAAGGUGAUGAUUCCAAGAGGGUUAAUCUUAUUUGGUUAAUCCGUAGAGUGCGUUACGUUAUACAGAGUGAAGUAGCAAAGGCUCCUAAAUCCAUAAUUUUGCGAAAACACAUGUUCCAAUGGAUGGAAGCCCUGGUGGAAUUAUUAGAUGAAAGCUCGGUUAUCGCUAUAGCACCGUCAAUUCUCUCUCCAGUAACGCGUGAAUUGAGUGAUAGGGAUCACUUGGAUGAUAUUCUUAAACAGAUAGUAAUUCGCUUGGGAAAUUUUAUAAAAUCUAAAAUUGGAAUCGAAAAGUAUGACGAGAUUUGUCUGCACAUGCAGUCAAAGGUGCAUGAGAAACGAACAGCUCGGUUGCGUGCUAUUGCAUCCGAAAAAAUAAACAAUCCUAUUCAGGCUGCAAAGAGGAAGAUGGACGUAAAACAAAGGAAAAAGGAAGCAAAAAAGCAAAAAUUUGAAACUAUGAGAACGAUAGGAACGAAAACCGUUGGAGUUGCAUCAGGUGCGAAAAGUAAACGAAAACGCAUCGAAGAUUUGUUCAAAAAUUGAUUUUUGAAUCGUAUUAAACAUUGUAUCGCAUCGAAUGAAACUAUUUUCUAUUCUUACGUGCACAUACUCAUCAACUAGUGUAAGAACAUCUACAGUUAUAAUUAUAGAAAAAUAAUAAUGGUAAGGAAAGUUAGAGUAAUGCUGAAGCUCAUUAGGUGAUUUUGGUGAUUUUGGAAUUGCGAAACAUAUAAAACGCAGUUCAAAAAUAUGUACUGCACAUCGAACAUCACUUUUCAACUUUUAAAGUUUCAAAAGUGUGUUCACAUCUUUGAAUUGAAAAAAAUGUCUUCGCGCAUACAUUUACUGUAUUUAGUUAUAAACCUAUAUGUGUUUCUGUGUAAGUAAAGAGAGGUGAAAAUAAAUAAUUGUUCAGAAUGAAAAUGCUUCGACACGCGGAUGUAUUUUUUUAU